AUGCCUUCAGCAGCUACCAUACGAUCACAUAAUGAACAAAAUCUUUGCGGCUUGGCUAAAUGGCAUCCGGAGUGGAUGCAACGAUAUGCCACCUCCAAAAUGUUUAUGGCCGUCUAUGGACUAAUGGGUACCAUCCAAGCCAUGUCCUAUAUGUAUUUCGUGGUAACGCUGACGACCAUAGAAAAGCGGUUUAAAAUACCCAGUCAAACAACAGGUAUCAUCCUCAGCGGCAAUGAAAUAUCCCAAAUUUUAUUAUCCUUGAUUCUCUCGUAUAUUGGUGGCCAGAGAAAUCGGCCACGUUGGAUUGCAAGCGGUAUUGUCUUUUGUGGUAUAUCCUGUUAUAUUUUGGCCUUGCCUCACUUCAUCUAUGGCGCCGGUCAUGAUGUUCUGCAGUACACCAAAGAGUAUUAUGAUUGGGAGGGUGGUGAUAAUGCUACGAGUAGCACCAUGUCAUUGGUUAACGCCACCAUAAAAAAUUCCCAACAAUUAUGUGGGGUUUUGAAAACCCCUCAGGAGUGUGAAUCCUUGCUAUCGAUACUGCCAUUGGUUCUUAUAUUCCUCUCACAAUUCGUGCUAGGUAUUGGUAAUACCCUUUACUAUUCAUUGGGUCAAUCCUAUUUGGAUGAUAAUACCAAGAAAACCAAUACCCCGUUAAUGCUCUCGGUGGCAUUUGCAUUGCGUCUGAUUGGACCCAUUGUGGGUUUCUUUUUGGGUUAUGUUUCCCUUAAUAUGUUCAUUGAUCCCGCAAAGACACCCCUGAUCGAUAAUAAAGAUCCUCGUUGGUUGGGUGCCUGGUGGUUUGGUUGGAUGAUUUUGGGCACCCUAAUGAUUGUAUUUUCCGGUUUGAUUGGCCUCUUUCCCAAAGAAUUACCGAAGAAAGCUCCAGUUUUGCGUAAUUCUCAUGUACCGCAUGUUUUAAGACAUGAAGAGCUGAAAAUGGAUGAAUGUUUACCGCUGGGCAGAAGCUUUUCGUCGAAUGCCACAUUGGAUGCACCUGUGGUGGAUAAACCUGACUUUCCACAAUUGAAAGAUUUCCCUCGAGCCCUUAUGCGCCUGCUGCGCAACAAGCUGCUAAUCUUCAACAUAACUUCGGGCAUCUUUUAUAUUUUGGGUGCCUCAGCAAUCAUGACAUUCCUCACGAAAUAUAUGGAAGUACAAUUUCAUAGAAAUUCCCAGAGUGCCACAAUUGUUGUGGGUCCCGUUUCCAUACUCGGCAUGGUUGUGGGCCUAGUCGGGUCAGGCUUAAUACUAACCAAAAAGAAACCCGCACCCAGUAAAGUCCUAAUGUGGAAUGUUAUCGUCGGAUUUGUUUUUAUACUUGGACAAAUUGGUUAUAUGUUUUUGUAUUGCAGUGAUUCGGUGGUAUUGGAUCAAAAUGGAAGAUUAAAUCUUUCCAAUUCGUGUAAUGCAAAUUGUGGCUGUGAAGAUGUACCCUAUUCACCCAUUUGUCAUGAGGAAACAGAGACGACAUUUUUCUCACCCUGUCAUGCUGGGUGUCAAUCGUGGAAUUCGGAUCUCAAGUAUUACUCAAAUUGUUCCUGUCUGGCAUAUGGUUAUAAUUCUACAACAACAACAAUCAUACCCACAGUCACCACAACAACAACACCAACUUCCUUACUUCCAACCUCCGCCAUAAAUUCCGAUUUAUUGCAGCCUCUUGUAACAAGUUCUCUACUCACCACCACUACCAUGAGGCCAACAACAAAAUCCAUGCCAGAUAUGACAACAUAUUUUGAUGAUUUUACAACAACACCAAAUUCCCGCAACGACGAUGACAUCCUUAGCAGAUCCCGACGUUCCUUGGAUGCUUUAACGGCUGGGAUUUUAAAACCCGGUGUCUGUCUGAAAGGUUGUACCAAAGCCUUUUGGAUUUUCACCAUUGUUUCGAUGAUCCUCAAUUGGUUCGGCUCGUCGGGACGUAUUGGCAAUAUCUUGGUAAAUUAUCGAGCCGUUGCAACCGAAGAUAAAUCAUUCGCACAAGGCCUAAUGCUAAUGAUGGUCAGUCUAUUUGGUCUGAUACCGGGACCAAUUAUAUUUGGUCGUAUCAUUGAUUCGACAUGUUUGAAAUGGACCAAGACGUGUACGGGUAAUGGCAAUUGUCAGCUAUAUGAUCAGGAUGCUUUCCGGGUGAACAUUAAUGCGGUGGCGUGUUGUUUCACAGCCAUUGGUGUAUUCUUUGAUGUCUUGGUGUGGUACCAUGGAAGACACUUGGAUUUAUAUGGUGAGCGGGAGGCGGAACGUUCACAGGAAAUUGAACGUAAAAAUCGACCCAUAACUCCGUUAUUGUCCAGAAAAUAA